AUGGGUGCACCUCAUGGACAGGCGACCAUGUUCACAUCGUCGAACACAUUUUCUAUCGAUGAAUCGAAGUUGUGCUUCAAUAAAACACAUUUUAAUCGAGAGGAUUUCAAUGUUGAGCGAUUCAUGAAUCUAGCUAGACAAAAAGCGGACCUCAAAACAAUUCAACAAGAUCUUCGUCUUUAUCUAAAAAGUGUUCAAAACUCAAUGAUUGAACUUAUUAACGAUGAUUAUGCAGACUUUGUGCAUUUAUCGUCGAAUCUUGUCAGUUUGCAAGAAUCAUUGAAUAAAAUCGAACAAGAAAUCAAUAGAAACUGGAACGAAUUCGAGGAGUCUACGAAGGAAUCUGUUGGAAUGGCAGGAAGAAUUGAGCAGAAAUGCAAUGAACUCGGGUCGAAUCGUGAGAAACAAGCAGAACUUCGUGAUCGAAUAUCUUUUUUGUGUUCUAUCGAAAAACUGGCUGAAAUGCUGCAAAGACCACCUCAGAAAUGCUCUGUUUUGUGGCUUCAGAAAGCGGCGAAUUUCGUAGUUGAGCUCAAAGCAACCUCUUCAUCCUGUCAUCAUUCGGAAGAGGAGAAAAAUGCAGAAAUUACUGUUGUCUCAAAGUUAGAAGCGGUUCUUUGCACGGAAGGAGUUCGAAGCGCUUCGACGGAUUGCCAAAAUCUCCCUCUCAUUUUGUCUAUUCUAUCCCUUAUCGGUGGUGCACAUUCAUUGACAGCAUUAUUAGUGUCAGAUCUUCUGUAUACUCGAUUUGUUGUUGAAAUUGACGGAAAAGAAGUAGAUAGACUCAAUCGAUUGGAACAAGUUUACGAAAAUGUGAUAAAUAUGCGGCAGACAUGGGCAGAAAAAUUGGGAGCACAACACUUCCGAGAGAAAAUUCGCAGCUUUCUCGAUGACACUCUUCUCACUUUUAUUCUUACGUUUAUUGACAAAUGUAUGGCUACUGUGGCGGUUCCCAGCGAUACUCGUCUCUUCCAUAAAUGCUUUUCAGCUACUCAACAUUUCAUUGACACGUGGCCAUCUGCUUCUUCCUGCCGAACAAUGCUUAAAUCGAUUAGAGAUAAAUUCAAUCUUACAGUGUAUUUCAAGUUGGAAACUCAACGUUUCGGAAAGAAAAUCGAGCAACUUUUGAUACCUGAAAAGUUUGAAAUAAGCAACGAGCAUGAAAACAACGACGAAGAGCUGUAUUUUGAAACAUCGAGAACAAUUUUUGCUGCGAUUGAGCAUGUAUGGAGUGAUGAAGUGUAUUUGGCACCGAUUGUUGAUAAAUUAUGGGAUUUCACAUUGAGAAUGCUGCUGAAGCAUUACAGUUGGAGUGAAGCGAUGAGAAGUUAUUUCAUCGAUCAGAAAAAAGACUGGACAUUGAUGCUUCUUCUUCAUUCGGAUGCUGGAAAACUUCAUCAAAGCGUUUUCGAUUUUGCUCUGGAAACAAUAUGGGGCAAGUUACAUGAUUUAUCAGUGGAGACAGCACCUUUCGGACAGUGUCUUACGAAACAUGGACGUGCAGUUGAUAGUCUCUGUCAUAAAAUAGACGAAGAUAUCGUCAGACUCUUCGCUGAUAUUCUUCAUCUUGAACUAUCACAAGUGUCGGAUGUACCAAAACAGUACAGAUGGACGAAACGAGCGCCACCAACUAGUCACUCGAAAUACGCGACAAACGCUGUAGAGAUGAUUUAUGAUUUCCAGUCGAGAAUCGACAAACAAGAACAUCCGGAUGUUGAGAAAGUGAUCAAAAGUGUCAGUCACUCCGCGUUUCACUAUUUUAUCGGCAAAGCCAAAGAGGUCCAAGAUGGUGUAGAAGCAACCGGCUCAUCAUUGUCUCGAUUCAAAAAGAAAGCUACUCCGGAUGUGGGAUCCGCUGUAACCGAUGAUGAUAAAAUCAAGCAGCAAAUCUAUCACGAUGCAAAGUUUUUACUUGAAAGCGCUGAAAAGCUGAAUGUUUCCUCUGAAGAUAUUGAAGGAUUGAGAGGAGUCGUCAAUCGAUUUGAGAUUAAAAGCGAGACGAUUCAAGAAGAUCUUUCAGGAAAUAAUAUAGUAAAAGUAGAAGAUGAUUUGUAA